AGUAGUACAUGCUAUAAGGCUGCAGUUCACAAACAACUGUAUCUCGAAGUAAAGGAAAAGAUCAAUGCUAAAUGAGCAUAAGCUACUCAAAAGCUACUGAUAACAGGAUACCAAUUUUGAGUUUCACUCGCUCUAUCAGAUUGUAGGGUAGCCCUUCCAUAGCCUCAUUCUGCACGGAUUUUCAUCGCUGACAGCAAUUUUCAGGUACCCUUCGGCUGUGUUGUUUCUUUGCUUGAAGAUUAUCCAACAUGACUAGAUUUACCAGAGCCAAGGGCUCCAAAGCAUCCAAUGAACGUGUGCCUGAUGAGGCUACACCAUGGAGUAUAAUGAAAAUGCAGCUUGAAGACAGUCAAACUGCAUCCAAAGCUGUCACGAAAAAGCCAAAAACUGCUACUGAGUUACUUGCAGAGAAGGAUGACCGAUUAUAUUAUGAUACGUUUGGGAAUGUGAAUCAUGAAUGGGCAGCAUUUGACAACGUUCCAGAGUUACAAUCCAAGAAAAAUAAAAUUGACAAAUUACACGAUAUCAAAGGCAGCAAAAACAAUAAAAAUCAGAAGGCUGUUGAGGUACAGGGCUUAAAUGAUAACUCUUCUAAAGAUCAAGUUCUUGCAAUUCCAGUGAAAAUAAAAAACAAAAAGCAGAGUAACAUUCAAGCUAGUAGUGAUGAGAUCGAAAAUUCUAGUACUACUAGUCAAGUUAAACCAAAAUCAGCUAAGAAAAAAAAACUUAAUGUAACUGGAAACGAAACAGAAAUGGCUGCAAAGAUAACUGAUAUGUCAAAAAGUUCAGACAUAAAGAACAAAGCUAUCAAUUCAACUCCUGGUGAUACUCUGCUAGAGGCCAAGUCUAAUUCUGUUGCGGUAGAAGACCUGUGUUCGAAAUAUAAGCAAUGUAAGGAAUGGAAAAAGAAAUCCAAGAAAGCGAACCCUGAUUCCGAUAUUGGUCAAGCGGCAAUCGAUUUGUUGCAGCAAAAUCAGAAAGCUGAGUUAUUGAACAGUGAUUGUGCAGUGAAAGAUAGCAUUACUAAAGCCCAGGAAGAAGGAUGUUCAGAAAAGUUGAGUAAACGCCAAAAAAGAAAUAAAAAAAAACAGAAGAAAAUAACUAGCACCAAUCUUGAGAACCAAAAUCAAGCUACUACUGUAGACACACAGAAGAAUCAUAGUGCUGAAGGCUUUGAUGUACAAGGAAAUGAAUGGAGUAAUCAGGUCAAAUUUGGAACACCAGCAGUCCAUUGUUCACGUAGGCCUACGUCUACUGAAAGUGGAAAUCAAAUUGACCCAUGCAACAAUUCUGUUAAAAAAAAUAAAGAAUUCAGUAGAAAAAACGGUAAUUUUGAAAUACAAGCUAAUAGUAGUAGUGAGGCUCACACUGAAAAUUUCUUUUCUGAUAAUUCAAAAAGGGUUAACAAUAAUGCUCAGAGCUUAAAGGCCCAAAAAAGAAAAAAUGGCAACAAUGAGAAAGGAGAAUAUAAAAGACGCAAGCCUGAUGAAGGUGUUGUUAAUAUGAUGAUUAAUGGCAAUGAAGUUCAAGUUGUUAAAUACGAUGGAUUUCCUGUAAAAAAAGAAGAUGCAGACCGACUGGAGCAACUUAAAAAAAACAUGAUUAUCAAAGGUAUUCCUCGCUCGGACAUAAACAUCGCAAUGAAGUUGGAAAGGCGUAAAGCGGAAAAAGCCCUGGCACGUGAGCGAAAGCGAGUCUGUUUUCAUUGUCGUAAGUCCGGUCAUAAUCUUUCAGAUUGCCCUGAGCUCGGUCGUGACGAAGCUGGUACUGGAAUUUGCUUUAAAUGUGGAUCUGCAGAACACACUCACUUUGAAUGUAGAGUAGUUAAAGGUCAGGAAUUUAGACACGCUAGCUGUUUCAUUUGUCGAGAGCAAGGGCAUAUCGCUAAACAAUGUCCAGAUAAUCCUAAGGGAUUGUAUCCUCAAGGAGGCAGUUGCAUGAUAUGCGGCGAUGUAACACACUUGAAAAAAGACUGUCCAGAUCUUAUCAAGGAAAAAGAGGAAGCCAAUAUUACUGCUGAUAAAAUUAAGAACAGUCAAUUAGAAUCGUUACAAGAAGAUAAUAUUAAUGAAAAAAAAGCAGAUGAUCAGAAUAAGGUUAGAUGUAAAAUUGUUAAAUUUUGAUGUAAAAAUAAAUAAUUAACUAUUCAACAUCUAA